AGAAGAAAAAAUGGCAGGAGGUCAUCCGUGGUAAUAUCAAAAGUGAAAACUAUUCCAAAUUUAGGCAGAAAACUAACUGUAGAGCAAGAAACUCCUGUACGAAUAGUAGUUUUCUUCCCUAUCGUGAAGUGUUUGGAAAUCCCUUGUCUUCAUUGGUAAGACUGAGCACAUUGCUUUGUCACUUAUUCAUAGAAGAAAUCCACCAAAUUUGGGAAAGCAGAAGAAAAUUGACUUACCGGAAAUGUAUUUGUAGAACUAUGAAACUCCCUUAGCAGAACAUCAUUUUUGGUCUCUCUGUUUUUAAUAUGUGCAAUGGCUGGAGAUAUAAUCUAUGCGGAUAUUAAAACUGAUGGGGCUUUUUCUCUAGGAAAUUCAUCUUCGCUUCAGAAAUCUGAUACUCACCAUCAUGGAAUUUUCUUGAAAGUUGGAUGUGCAAUUAUCAUCAUCCUUCUUGUAAUAGUAAUUGUGUUGAGCAUUUUGGUUUCCCAGUUCAAAUCUGCAAGACAUAAUACAAUGGAUGAUGAAUCAAAAGAGAAAUUCUGUGCCGGGGAAAAUAAAUCUGGAACAAUCGCCUCAAAAGUUUCUUUCAACUCUUCUACUGCUCAUAAAUCAUGCCCUUCGAAAGACUGGAGGCUACACGGGGGGAAAUGUUACUGGGUUGCUGAGGCUAAUAAAUCUUGGCAUGAAAGUAAAAAUGACUGUGCCAUGAAAAAUUCACAUCUCAUGGUGAUUCGAGACUUCAUCGAUAUGAGUUUCCUAUGGAAGCACCUAAAUACUGGAGUGUUUUACUGGAUUGGCUUGACUAUUCCACCUGGAGGGGAAUCAUGGACCUGGGUAGACAACAACCCUUUUGACUCCCAUCUGUUUUCAGUAGAAGAAAAAUGGCGGACCCGGAGCAUGAAAUGUGCCCAGGUGUCUCAAAUUAAGAUAGCUGAACAAAAAUGUGGGGAAAUGAAUCCGUGGAUUUGUCAACGCCUAUCCCAUUUGGACAUACACCCAGGAGUUUUUGGAUUAUAGUCUUCAGGAAAUAGAAGCUACCAGCAUCCACAUGCCUAGUCAAAGGGAGAAGUCUGUGAUGGAUGAAGAGAACAAAACUCGGGCUUGAGGGACCAGCUGGACUCACUGUGCGGCAGACAGAAUCCAUAAUCUCACUCAUCAUUUGACCUACUUACGCUGUUACUCUGAUCAGUAUAAAACACUGAUGGCUUGGGUCUCCUGAAAUCAGUGUCCAUUCUGAGCCACUGCCCAGCAACUCCUCAAAAGUUCGAUUAUUUCUCUUUCCUCAAUGUAUAGUCACCCAGGUAAAUGGUCAUAGAUCUCUUCGGGGAAGAGUGGUGGAAAAAGAUGAACUAUGUCAUUUCUUUUUGUUUGUUUAGUAGAGUUCUUUCCCAAAGGCUUUCUCCCCACUCUAAAUUCCAGAGAUUCUGGGUCUGUAAAAUGGCUCAGGUCUGGGAAUUGAUGGAGGGAGCAUCAUCUCCUAUUUUUAGAAUUAGGUUAGCCUCCUAAGAAAGGGCUACAUUUACUGGCAAAAAAGACUCAAUAGAAUUUCGGGUUCCAUGUCCCUAGCUUGAGUGGAAUCUUCCCGUAUGUCCCCAUUCCAGUUUUCAAGAUCUCAGUCCUUCUCGACCGGUGCCCUCACUUUAACAGAAGACAUCUUGCAAUGCUGAGAAUCCAGAACACCCAUCUCUUCAUAAACUCACAAUGCUGUUAGCAGUGGUUUCAUCUUUAGGCCAAUUUCCUUGGAAAAUUUCCAGCUAUGUCUAGGAACUAUCCUAGCUUGUCCCCGUCAUUGUAUCAGGUAACAAAAACAAGCAGUGCAGACUCUCUCCAGCAGAGGGAGCCAUUAAACAAACGUGUUCUUAGGGAGACGCUAAAAAGCUUCCCGUUUUCUCUAUGGUCUUAUGAGACAUUGAGAGCAACUAUUGACAUCAAUAACGGACUUACUACAGCUUAGUGAUAAGAAAGGAAAAAGAAAAAAAAUUAACUAGUAGACACCAUACAAAAGCUUAGGGAAUGAAAGAAAAUAAUUCAACUUUUAUCUGUUUAAAAAAAAAAACAAAACCCGGAAACAAACUGCAGACGCAAAUGGAUAUGGAGGCAAGAGCAUAAAGGCAUGAGUUGACCUGUCUUGAGAGCUUAGUAACACCUUGUUGUCUCUGGUGAUUCCCAGGAAUAACAGGAGGGAGGUGUGUGUGCACUUCCUAGGGAACGAGGGUGGGAGGGGCCUGGGAAGGGGAUUUAUUUAAGGUCCCUACAGCCAGGUAAGCCAUCCACUGACAUUUCUGUAACAAAACUUGUACCUAAUAACUGAAAACUGGGAUAUGUGAAGGUUCACAAUGAAGCCCCGACAGUGCAGUGGACAUUCGCCAGUGUUCUAACACAAUUUUGUGUUCUCCUUGUCCCUUAAUUCAGUGUUUAAUAGACACAUUGUAUGUUGCUAUACAAUGUCAGGGUUUGCCGUUUCAGAGCUAUAGUACAUCAAUUUGAAUGACGACCAACACUUUAUAUUACUAUUCAUCGAUUUGGGGGACACAUUGUUACUAUUUUUUUUCUAUUAUAUUAUAGAAAGAGACUUGACAUUUUUAAAUGUCCACCUAUUAUUAACAAUAAUGAGUUUAAUAAUUUAACUGCUGUGUGUUUUCUGCUAGUAUAAACCCUUUCUCUCAAAUAUCUCCGAGAAGAAAACUGAUUUGACUUUAUGGACUAGACUGACUCACGAGUCUGUUAGUUAAAAGAGGUCUUAAGAUGAGCAUUAGAAUGUGAUCUCUUUAAUCAAAUUUUAUGAAUUCAUUCUAGGUAGUGUAUAUACUAAAUACCUGUUAGUUGAAUGAAUAGGAGAGUAAAUGAAAGCAAGGAAGGAAUCUGGCUUUUACAAAACCCUGUUAAGUGAUAACUAGCCAGUGGUAAUGUGAUUUUUAUGUUGGAAAACUAGUGAGUGACCAUAUCAAAUAUCAAGCGGGAGAAAUGAUAAAUAACAAAAUGUAAGGUCCUAAAGGAAUUUUCAUUCGAUUGGAUCACAGUAAAGUCUUUUUCUCAGUUUGUGGUACUAAUCAGAAGGCCUCGUGUAUGUGAUCAAUUUAAGAAACAUCCAAAUAUAUCAAUUCCUUGUUAACGCUAAUUUAUAAUAGUUUAAAAAUUCAAACUGAGGACAUAGAUUUGGAGAGAGGUGAUCCCGGGCUAGCGAGAUGCUUGUUAGAUCACCCGGUGUUCAUGUCCACAAUUCAUCGGAUUCCUUGUACAAGCCAAUGAAAUAAGUUAAAUUAGCCUGAAAUUUGGGAAGGAAGGGAAGAAAAAGA